GCGGUUGAAGCUGUGAUCUUUUUCUGUCUCCUCACCAAGGAUCGUCCAAGGAACUAUCAAUAGCUCUGCGGGCUGGAGGGUCUUUUUUUCGUUUUUUUUCCCCUGCGAUUCACUGUGCAAGCAUGUUUGCGUUUGUGAAUGUUGAUCCUUGAUUGUGUUGGGGCAAGUGAUGUGGGACAAAAAUAAAUGAAAUUUAAUGUUCAACAUAGACUCACAGGACUUUUUUUGCGAUCAUUGGCCGACAAAAUGCAUCGAUAUUUAAAAUAAAUGAAUUCAUUCCUCUUUCUUCCGACGCUGAUCUGGUGCAACACAAAGAUCCUUUUUUCUUUUUUAAGCUUUUUUAGAACACCACAGAAAACCUUUUUUGCAUCACCAAAGCACGUAAAAUCAACCCCACUGGCACUUGGCUCUCUCUGUAAGUAUACACCGAUGCAGCACAGACUGCAAAAUUGCAAUAUAUGGUUAUUUUUUUCUUACCUACUCCCAACGGUCUGACUCUGGAUCGUUC